UUCAGGUAUUCCGAUUUAUAGGUCGCGCUGUAUGAGGACAAGCUAUCGUACUCCAUCAUCUAUGUUCCUCGAUUUUCUGAAUUCAUCUGUAAUGCUUCCUUAGCUCUUGUGGUAAUUCUUUUCAACGUUCUACCAGUAAUAUCUUUUACAUUUUUAAUGUUUUAGGUGACCAGCUUCUGUAUUUGUAAUAUCAGUUGUUCCUAACCUUCUAAACUUACUGCUAUGUAAAACUCCAUUUUCUUAUCUGUUUAACAUGAGUUUUGCUCUGAUGGUAAAUUUCAUUUUUAUUUGUGGUAGUUUCUAAAGUUAAUUGCAUUAAAAAUGUGAGAACUUUGAUUAGUUUUGCAAUUACAACAUGACUUUUAGAUUUUAGCAAUUACAACACUGCCUUUUUAUUUUGGCAAUUAGAACAUCAAAAAGUUUAUGGUAAAGUGAAUCUAACUUGUUUGGAAAAUUUAGCUGUUGGACUUCAUUGGAAAUCUAUCAAUGUUUUAAUUGGAAACAGAAGUCAGUGUUUGAAUAUUGAAAUAAGAAGGUCGUGUUAUAUUUGCAAAAGUAACUAAAGUUUGAGAUUUUAAAGCUUCUAGCUCUAAUUUAUGGCCAUGGAGUUAAAACAGUUUCUCAGUAAUUCAAUAUUUAGGCUGUGAUGCUUUCUUAUGUUAAUUUCUGAUUAGUCAAUUAAGUUUGGUAUCUUAUACACACAUUAAGUUAAUGGAAAUAACUAUAAUUCCUUUUCAAUCUUCAGAUUAUGUUAAACUGUUAAAGGCUUUCAUCAUAUACUAGUUGUCGAAUGUUUGAAGUUGCUGAUAGUCUAUAUAUUUUCAAUUUAAAUGGACUUCCAUUAUUACUUGCCAUAACUCUAACUAUUUUUCCUAGUUCAUGCAACUCAUACCUUAGAAAAAUAAAAUUUUGGACCUCUAAGAGCAUAACAAGAAGGCUUACAAUAAUCUUGUUUGACAAAAGUCUAGUGAAGAAUCUAUACCUAUUAUAAAGAAGCCUUGUUUUUCAAAAUUUGGUUUCCCUAUAAUUAUAUCCUUGAUAAAUAUAUUAUAUUUAUCUAUUUAUCAAUUAUCAUUAUAAAAAUGUGUACUCUCACGAAUUUUGAUUACACUUAUAAUAUCCUUACCUAUUUUAAUUUUAAAUGAUAGUUUAGUAAUUAUAUAUAUAUAUAUAUAUAUAUAUAUUAAGAUAAGAAUCCUUUUGUAUCUAAAAUUAUUUGAAAUUGUGAUAAUAUUUAUCUGCAUUUUUACAUAUAUAUUCAUUAUUUAAAUCCAAUACUUUUACGUGCGUGCGACGUACCAUCCUGCUUUUUGUGUAAAAGCACUUGCAACCACCUUUCCAGAAGGAAAAAAGAUGAGUGUAAAAUUUCAUUAAUCUUAGCCUACUUUAGAAUUUACAUGUCUCAUAACAUGUGAGGCAAUUAAUUCUCAUAUAUCCAAUAAAUCACCAAUGUCAAUGCUCUCCAUGAAAUUACUUCUAUUUAGCCCUUUUCCCUUGAAUGCUAUCGAGAGGCGCCAAAACUGGAAGGUGAUACUAAUGGUUGGUGCCGGAUUUAUUCUUUGACGGUUACAAAUUGAUAAACAAACAAACUUGUUGAAGUCAUAUCAUGGCUGUAAGGACUUGCAUUAUCUCUUCAUCGGGACAGAAAAGCAUCGCCUUAAAUUCCGUUCAAGCGGUUGAUUCAUGAGGAGUGUGAAAAAUGUGAGCAGAUAGAGCUUCUCGGAUACCCUUCUCAUACGUUUCUGUGAAAUUCUGAAACGUGGCUAGGUAUCGUAAUGACUCCUACCCCAACUCAUAUGAUGCAACUAUAAAAGCAGUACCCAGAGGAGAACAUGCACCAUUGAAGCUAUACAUACAGAGUAUAUGCUUGAACCUCAUUCAAGAAUAUCUCCUUAAAAAAUUAUUCUUGUUUUUCUGAGAAUACUUUUAGCUCAAAUGGAUCAUGAACUUAUCAUUUCAGUAACCAAAACUACAGCUGAGCUAGCUGAUGAGAUUAUAGAUAGCAGUCCUCGUAGUUAUGCAUAUGUUACUUUCUUGGCAGGUGAUGGUGAUUAUGUGAAAGGUGUUGUUUGUCUGGCGAAGGGAUUAAGGAGGGUGCAAGCAGCUUAUCCACUAGUAGUUGCGGUUUUACCUGACGUGCCAGAGGAGCAUCGCAACAUGCUCUUGAACCAGGGAUGUCUCCUUCGUGAGAUUGAUCCAGUUCUCCCACCUGUUAGCAACAAGGAGAGCUCAUUUGCCAGGGAAUAUUUUGCUGUCAACUACUGUAAACUUCGGCUUUGGAAGUUUGUGGAGUACAGGAAGAUGAUUUACAUGGAUGCAGACAUCCAAGUGCUUGGAAAUAUAGACAACCUCUUUGAUUUGCCGUCUGGUUGCUUCUAUGCCGUGAUGGAUUGCUUGUGCGAGAUGGAUGGCCACACUUGUCCAGAGGUGGUCCAGUGGCCCCAAGAACUGGGCGAAAGGCCUUCGUUUUAUUUAAAUUGUGGCAUGUUUCUUUUUGAGCCUUGUCUCGACACAUACGCCAGCCUCUUGAGCACCCUUGAUGUCACACCUCCAACUCCAUUUGCAGAGCAGGAUUUCCUUAACCUAUUCUUCAAGGACAACGCGAAGCCAAUCCAUCCGGUCUACAACUUGUUAGUGGCAAUGCUUUGGCGCCACCCUGAGUAUGUUGAGCUCGAUAUAGUGAAGGUGGUUCACUUCUGCGUUGCUGGUUCAAAGCCAUGGAAGUAUACCGGGGAAGGGGAGUAUAUGGAUAGAGCAGAUGUGAAAAUGUUGGUUGACCGCUGGUGGGAAAUUUAUAAUGAUGCUGCACUGGACUUCCCCGGCACCGGAGCAAGUAGCCAGGUUUCUGGUUGAAGAAUGGAUCUUUUUACCUAAAUAAAGGAGACUCACAUAUGAUGUGGCUGUCUUUAAUUUACAUGUUUUAGUUGGAUUUUUGCUCAUAAUCUUUGCAUCUGCGAUGCAUAUUUGAAUUACCUAUAUUAUCCAGAUCUGUUUGUCUAUUGCCAGAUCUGUUUGUCUAUUGCAGUUCAAACUUGUGUGUAAAUCUGUGUCAAUCUCUCUGAGGUUGCUAGCUACCUGUUUCUAUUAUGACUUAUGAAAAUAGAGGGAUUUCUUUUUUUCUCUCAAAA